AUUUUAUAGUACGUUUUAUGACAUUUGUGUUGAAAAAUAUAUCAAAAUAAGCAAAUAAGCUCGGUAAAUGUAACCCCGUACAAAGCCCUUUCCUGCCGUGCUGUCAUCUGCAGAGCGUGUCACGAUGAACAGUGUUGAGGAAGACCAGAGGAGGAGGCGAGAGGAGGAGGAGGAGGAGGAGGACGAGUCAAUCUCCCUGUCAGUAUCUAUCUCGGAAGACUCAGAGGAGGUACCCCAGCUGUCAGCAGCAACACUGGGGGCUCUGCUUGAGUUCUAUGGAGAGGAGGAGGAGAGGCAGGACAGACUGAGAGAUGUGCAGGAGGGAGAGAUUCCAGACACCUUUACUGAGAACUGGAACCUUAGUCAAUUCUGGUAUUCCGACACCACCUCCAAACGCCUCGCCUCCGAGUGUCUCCGAGUGGUGGGUGAUAAAGGUACCAUUGCCUGCCUCUCCUGUCCCACACUCUACCGCACCUUACGUGCUCAGGAACACCAGUGCCAAGUUAGCCUGCUUGAAUACGACACAAGAUUUGCAUGUUUCGGAAGUGACUUUUACUUCUACGAUUACCGCUCGCCCCUGGCACUUGACAAUACCCUGCGUGGCGCCUUUGACCUGGUAGUGGCUGACCCCCCUCACCUUUCCACCGACUGCCUCACCAAGACCUCUCUCACGGUGCGCUAUCUUGGAAAGCCAGAAGCGAAAAUCAUUCUGUUGACCGGGGAAUUGAUGGAGGACUUGGCUGACCGCUUGCUGGGGGCGCGAAGGAGGUCCUGGGCGCCGGACAUCGAUCACUCUAAUAAUCUUGCCAACCCAUUUGUGUUUUAUGCAAAUUACAGUUCUGAGGGUUUCAUCAGUGACGGUGACAGUGGUGACAGUGGUGACAGUGACGGUGAUGAUAACAGGGAAGUGAAGAGGAAGGAGAAGGAGGAAGAGGAGGAGGAAAGGGACCGUGACAAUUGUAAUAAGGACGAGGAAAGGAGGGACAGUGUUGAAACCUGAUUACCUGUUAAGUGCAAUUAAUAUACGUAUAUUGUUACUAUUAUUAUUAUUAUUACUAUUAUCACAUUGUGUAUCCUGUCAUAAGGAAUACAUAGAAGUUAUGUAGAAUAUUAGUUAUUAUCUUUUAUUAUAAUUAUUAUUAUUAUUAUUAUUAUUAUUAUUAUUAUUAUUAUUAUUAUUAUCAUUAUCAUUAUUGUUAUUGUUAUUAUUAUUAUUAUUAUGUUAUACCUCAAAAGGCUGUGUAUUGUAACUAGGUUAAAAUAAGGAUAUCUAUGCAUUUAUUAUUAUGGUACUCAUAGUAGUAGUAGUAGUAGUAGUAGUAGUAGUAAUAGUAGUAGUAGUAGUAGUAGCAGCAGAGGAAGAAAGAAAAAUAAUUAUACAAAAAACAAGAUAAAGAAUAAAGUACUAUGUAGUAAAAACAAAAGAAAUUAAGAAUGUGAUAUUGGGAACAGGGUAGUAGUAGUAGUAGUAGUAGUAGUAGUAGUAGAGGUGAUGGCACGAUCCUUUAAGUGCAACUAUUCCUUUUAAUGUUUCCUUUUUUAACUUUUGUAUAUUAUUUGUAUUUUUAAAGAUACUUUCAGGUUGUAUUUCGUCAUUGUCGUCAUUAAGUGCAUCAGUUUUUGAUACUCCAUCAUUUCUGUUAUCACUCAUUAAUUUAUAUGCAUAUUUUCUACCUAAUUAAUUUCAAACCAUUAAUCAUUCAUUUGUUGUAAUUAUUUUCUUUCAUUAGCCAUUAUUUGUAUUAUUUCUUUUGUACUUAUAUUAUUUUUUCAUCAUUCAUUAUUUGUAUCUGUUUUCUACUCAAUUGUAUAUUAUUUAUAAAUUAUCAAGUAUCUAGAAUUGGUUUUACUUAUCACUUUCUUUCACGGUUAAUUAUGUGUACCUGUUUUUGCUCAUUUUAACCAUACAUCAUUAAGUGUACUUAUUAUUUGUAAGUUAUACUGGACAAUAAACUUUAUGGCAAGAUACUACAAGAGCUACAACACGGGCUUAACAUUUAAUAAUUAUCAUUAAUCAGAAAUGUGUCUAUCUAUGUAUUCAUUAUUUGUUUAUUAUCAGAGCUAUGAAUGACAAUAAGCAUUACAUCAAAGCUUAUAUAUCUAUAUACACAUUGCAAUAUUUUCUAUAUUUUUUUGUCUUACACUUAAAUAGUUUAUACAUUCUCUGCAAGUUUGAGCAUUAGGGUUUAUUUUCCCAUUCAUUUUUCCAUCAGUGUUUUGUCUUAUUUAUUGUAUGUGAAUCACAUCUUUGCAUCUUCAAUGCAAAGCAAUUCAUUUUAGCAUUCCUCUAGUUACAUUACCGCCAAAUGGUAUUUUCACUCAUGUCUUAAGACAACUUGACCUGAAUUUUCCCAUCAAUUAUGACUGUAAUUUAUUGUAUGUUUAUUCCUUUACAUUUUCUAUGAUGAGUAUAUUCAUUUAUCAUGUCUUCAUACAUUUGUCAAACAUUUUUUCACCUGCAUAUUGGCAAUACUCUGUUUAUUCUGUAUUUUCCAUACCUAUACAUUCUAUGUAUACAUUUUCAUUUAUCAUUCCUGUUAUACUUAUACCAAACAAUCAAACAUUUUUUCAUUACUGUCUUAAGAAAACUUCAUGUUAAUUUCUUCAUUGGUGUCUUGACAAUUGUGUAGUCAAUCUGUUUGUUGUAAACUUUUCAUGCUUAGUUGCAUAUACAUAUCUAUAUAUAUAUAUUUUUUUUUUCCAUUGCUAUCCUAAGAAAAACCUGAUAUUAAUUUUUGCCUUGAGUGUCAUGAAAAUUCUUAUGUAACAUCACUUAUUGCUUACAUUUAUCACAUGUAUUCAUUCUGUAUCAACAUUCUUGUUUGUCAUUCCUGUUCUUACACUUUAGUCCAUGUUUUCCAUCACUGCCUUGGGAAAAAGUGUUAUGUUGCUGCUUGUGAAUAUAAACAUAAUUAACAAAAUUUUUGUAUGUUUGUCAGUUAGAAAAUAUUAACUUAGUAUUACUUUCUCCAUUACAAAACCUUAGUCAUUUGUGGCAUUCAAAAAGCACCUCUAGUGAGAAGAAAAUGCAUUGAUCUGUCUAUUCUGAACAUUAAUUCUUUUAUCAAUUAUUCCUCUCAUUGUAUUUCUACUGGACAUUAAUUUUCCUCCACCAGUGAAUGACAAGCAGUUUUGUUAACAUUCUUAGUAACAUUUAUACAAACAUCAAUUUCUUGUUAACUAUUGUUAUUACUUUUAUAUUUAACAUCAAUAUCUCUUCGAACAAAUACUUUGUAAUUUUCUCAUUGCACUUAUGCUAACAUAUCAAAAUUUCCUCCACAAACACCUUACAUGAUAAGGAAUUGCUCUCACUACAGUAUUCAUGCUUAACAUCAAUUAUUAGUUCCUCAUAGACACUUUCUGGCUCUCACAAGAAACACUCAUGUAUAAUUUUCUCACUAUGUUUCUGCUUAAAAUCAAAAUAUCCCACAUAGAAAUAAACACUAAGCACUUUUAUUAAUCAUUCUCACUGUGUUUAAGCUAAUGUCUAUUUUCCCUUGGUACUGAAUGCUUUAGCCAUCGUUGUCGUCGCUGCUAGAGACGAGUGUACCAGCCCUGCCUGCAUCACGCCACAGCAACGGGCAAGUGUGUUGUAAAUAAAAUUAAUGACAGACUGGCAUGAAUCUGUCACAAUGCAAGCAAGAUU